GAGUUGGCAGGUGGGGUGGGACUUGCCUAUCAAGUCCUUAAUUUUAAGCAGUCAGUUUGGAGGCGCUGCAGGAUAGUCAGGAGGACAGUGGAAAGGUAAGAGGUGGCCCGGGAUGCCGCUGGUGGGGGAAGAAAAGAGGAUCCUGGAAAAGCUUGGAGGCAAAAUUGCACUUGGGUUUCUGGUCCUUGCAUCCCUCCUGCCUUGAGUGCGGGAGAACACUUUUUGUUUUAAUACUCAGCUUGGAAAUAAAGCCUCCGUCCCAGGGGAGGAAGAGGAUUCUGCAGGGGGCAGAGACCGCAGCUACCUACAGGGUGUGCCCCCCACACAAGGAGCGCCCGCUUUUGCCCCUUCCCCCACCCCCACCUUUUUAUUGGUGCUGGUUUGCAGCGCUUGGCUCCUGCGCCUUCGCUUCGCGUUUGAAUCUGGCUCGCCCCUCCAUAUUAUGUCUGCAAUCCGAAGGAAAUUUGGGGACGAUUACCAGGUAGUGACCACCUCGUCCAGCGGCUCAGGCUUGCAGCCCCACGGGCCGGGCCCGCAGCAGCAGCUUGUGCCCAAAAAGAAGCGACAGCGGUUCGUGGACAAGAACGGCCGGUGCAAUGUACAGCACGGCAACCUGGGCAGCGAAACAAGCCGCUACCUCUCGGACCUCUUCACCACGCUGGUGGACCUCAAGUGGCGCUGGAACCUCUUCAUCUUCAUCCUCACCUACACUGUGGCCUGGCUCUUCAUGGCGUCCAUGUGGUGGGUAAUCGCUUACACUCGGGGCGACCUGAACAAAGCCCACGUUGGCAACUAUACGCCUUGCGUGGCCAAUGUCUACAACUUCCCCUCUGCCUUCCUCUUCUUCAUUGAGACCGAAGCCACCAUCGGCUAUGGCUACCGAUACAUCACCGACAAGUGCCCCGAGGGCAUCAUCCUCUUCCUCUUUCAAUCCAUCCUGGGCUCCAUCGUGGAUGCCUUCCUCAUCGGAUGCAUGUUCAUCAAGAUGUCCCAACCCAAGAAGCGCGCCGAGACCCUCAUGUUUAGCGAACACGCGGUGAUCUCCAUGAGGGACGGAAAACUCACGCUCAUGUUCCGGGUGGGCAACCUGCGCAACAGCCACAUGGUCUCCGCGCAGAUCCGCUGUAAGCUGCUCAAAUCUCGACAGACACCUGAGGGUGAGUUCCUUCCCCUUGACCAACUUGAACUGGAUGUAGGUUUUAGUACAGGGGCAGAUCAACUUUUUCUUGUGUCCCCCCUCACAAUUUGCCACGUGAUCGAUGCCAAAAGCCCCUUUUAUGACCUAUCCCAGCGAAGCAUGCAAACUGAACAGUUCGAGAUUGUCGUCAUCCUAGAAGGCAUUGUGGAAACAACUGGAAUGACUUGCCAAGCUCGAACAUCAUACACUGAAGAUGAAGUUCUUUGGGGUCAUCGUUUUUUUCCAGUAAUAUCCUUAGAAGAAGGAUUCUUUAAAGUUGAUUAUUCUCAGUUCCAUGCAACAUUUGAAGUCCCCACCCCACCUUACAGUGUGAAAGAGCAGGAGGAAAUGCUUCUCAUGUCAUCCCCUUUAAUAGCACCAGCCAUAACAAACAGCAAAGAAAGACAUAAUUCUGUGGAGUGCUUAGAUGGACUAGAUGACAUUAGCACAAAACUUCCAUCGAAGCUGCAGAAAAUUACUGGAAGAGAAGACUUUCCUAAAAAACUCUUAAGGAUGAGUUCUACAACUUCAGAAAAAGCCUACAGUUUGGGAGAUUUGCCCAUGAAACUUCAACGAAUAAGUUCAGUUCCUGGCAACUCAGAAGAAAAACUGGUAUCCAAAACCACCAAGAUGUUAUCUGAUCCCAUGAGCCAGUCUGUGGCUGAUUUGCCACCAAAGCUUCAAAAAAUGGCUGGAGGAGCAGCCAGGAUGGAAGGGAAUCUUCCAGCCAAAUUAAGAAAAAUGAACUCUGAUCGUUUCACAUAACAAAACACCCCCUUAGGCAUUAUUUAAUGUUUUGAGUUAGUAAUAGUCCAAUAUUUGGCUGAAGAGAUAAUCCUCCCUAAGAAAUCUGAAAGAUAUAUUUCUCCCCCAGUCUACUUAGCAUAUUUGAGAACUCUUUAUUCCCAAGUAUUGCUACUGUGCAGAAAGGAAAAUCAGGAAGGGAGAACAUCAUAAGGAAGCUGUUAAUGGGCAUGUAUUAUCACAUCAAGCAUGCAAUAAUGUGAAAAUUUUGCAUUUAGUUUUAUGGCAUGAUUUAUAUAUGUCAUAUUUAUAUUGUAUAUUCUGGAAAAUAUAUACAAAUAUAUAUUUAAAGGAGAGGUAGUCUCCCUAUCAUUUCUAACACAUGUAUUAAGCCAAACAUGAGUGGAUAGCUUUCAGGGUGAUAAAACUACACACACACAUACAUGCAUAUAUAUAUAUACAUAUAUACAUCCAUGUACACAUACAUACAUAUAUAUCUGAUAAAAAUUGUGAUGUUUUGUUCAAAGUUGUAGUUCUUGUGCAUGUUUACUUUAUUAGACUAGGAAGGCUACUGGCAUUAAUUAUUAAUACCAAAUAUUUUAGCCUUAAAUUAUUUGUCAUUUAAAAAUCUGAUUUAAUGUUUUCUGCUGUUCAAGGUCAUAGAAGGUUCAAUUGUGUUUUAUCAUGAGAAGGUCACAAAAGUUUGCUAUUUACAGCCCUGCAAAAGUAUUGCCUUAUACAUUUGACUUGUAAAUUUUAGAGCAUACCGAUACCUGGUAUAUCAUUGAAAUUUUCUCAUGAUUUUAAAAGUUGCUAGUACUGGGGGGAAAUUAGUGCUGAUUUAUUUGAGAAUUAGUUCUUUCCUGGACUAAUUAAAAUUUGAAAAUCUGUUUUGUACAUGAUAUAAUACAAAUAUGAGCUCUGAACAAAUGCUAAAUCACUGUAAUGAUCAGUAGCCAGGUUCUAUUUGAAUAUAUCAGAAUCUGUGUAAAAUGACAUGGUCCCUGUUUCAAACAGAACCAAUUGGAAACGUUUUCACUUCUAUUCUGGAAUUUUUCUGUCCUUUUAAAAAACAAAAAAAUAAAUAUCUUUAAGGGAAUGCAAUAAGGCAAAGAAACAAAUGAUAAAUACUUAUGCUUAAAAUAUGUUUGUCUAAUUGAGUCUCUUUUUAUGCUGUUCUUUUUUAUGACAUUUGUUGUAAGAAGAGAGAUUUUUUUUUCAUACCUGGGAACUGUCCCAGACCUGUCACUUAUAGUUCAGAAAGAUUGUCUGGACAGACCUGAAAGAAAUUAAAAUUAGAUGAAUUGAAGAUAACUUACACAUAGUUCUUCUUGAUGAGCACUGAUUUUAUUGGUAUCUUGGAUCCCUGGUCUACUCAGUUUUAGCAGUACGAUAUGUUUAACCCCAAUGGUCAUACUCAUUAUUAGGAAUCAAAAUUAUUGAUCAGUAGAACACAUUCAAAAUAAGAUUUGAAGUUCAAAUUGUUUAUGAAAAGUUAGAAGUGUUCCUUAUUAGAAUAUUACAACUUUUCCUACAAAACUUCUUUGGGCAUUGCAAUCUAAUUCUGCACAGAAAUACUCCACUUCUGACUAAUGUGCAAAUCACUAAUGGCUGGUUUGGGCUCCCAUCAUUUGCUAUUUUUUAGCAAUCCUGUGAUGAUUUUAUUAUUGGCAAAUUAUUACAUCAACGAUUCUAUCAUUAACUAUAAUAAUAUCUUCUGGCUACCUCUAUAUCAACCAAAUUCUGUAGGUGCAAACAUAUACCAGGGAAUUGUAACUGGCAAAAUGAUCAACCUUGAAAAUUAAUCCACUGUGAAAAGAGCGGUGGCCCUACCCCUUGAUUAUUAAACUUUCUUAUUUGCUGGAUGUAGGAAAUGAGAUAGUAGCAGAGAAAGGGGCCUAGAGGCAUGGCAUACUCUAUUUAUUAGCAGUGGAAGAAACUGCAUAGAUCAUUUAGUCUAACACCUUUAAACUAAACAGAGCCAUAAUUUACUUUGGAGAGUCAUUUAAAUUUGUUUUUGGUACCAAGAAGAAAAACCAAAAACAAAAUCUUUGAAUGUAUUCAUUCAUUCAACAAAAGUUUGCAUGCCUUCCAUGUCCUAGGCAAUUUUUACUUCCUGGGGAUUUGAACAUGACUAAGUCAGAGGAUGUCAUUGUUCAUCAUGGACACAGCAUACCAGUAGGUGGGAGGGGCAGAAACAGACAAAAAAAAAAAAAAAAGACAAUUUCAGAUAGUCAAAAUGGCAAAAGAAUGAAAACAGGGUAACAGUGGCCAAUGACUGUGUGGGGUAAGAAUUGAGUAUUUAAAUAGAGAUGAUUAGCUUUGGGAGGUGAGUAGUAUUUGGAUAGAGAUCUGAAUGAUGAGGAGUUCCUGUUGCCAAAACUGAUUAAUCAAAGUGAAUGGUAUUUUUUUUUUAUCUUUUCCACAUGUGUGGGAAAGGUACAAUUUCUGCAUGUAAUUGCAGUUUAACCCCUAUUUCUAGGUUGAUCAUAGAUCCCAGUUUACCCAGGAAAAUUCCAGUUUUUACCUGUUGUAUUUGUGUAAUUAUUAGUAGCAUUCUCUUUCACUCCUAUAAUGUCCUGGUUUGGAUGAUAUAUGGCAAAGUUUUUGUUGAAACUAUAUUAUAAAGUCUGAUAUAUUUGGAUAAAAAUAAAGAAUUGCUUUUCUUCUC